AUGGGUCCGCGGCAGAAGAAGCUGUGGGAGCUGCAGCAGAAGCUGCGCGCCAGCCGCAAGGCCAACCAGGAUGCCAUGGUCGCAGAGAAGCGGCGGCAGGCAAGUUCUGGUGCGGAGGAGGCCGGCGAGAAGCGCAAAUGGUUUGAGGAGAAGAAGGCGCGCCGCGAGGCCGACCUCAAGCGCAUGAAUCUCGACGAGAAAAAGGCGUUCAUGCUGGAAACGGCGGACGCGGCGGAGGCGCAGUACAAGAAGAAGCAGAAGAAGCCGGCGCCGCAGGGCGUUGCCUCUUUCAACGCGAAGACACUCUAUGAGGCCUACGAGCGCCGCACUGCCAACGUGUCAAUGUCUGUCGAGGAGUACGAGCACAUGAAGGCGACCGCGCCGGAGUUCUACCGCGCAGCCGACAGCAUGCUCUAUGGGGUGGCGCCGGAGGUUGGCGAGGACAAGAUCGACGCGAUGGUUGCUGAGCUGGACGCGCGCAAGACCAAGCGCGCCGAGUACAGCCGCCGGAGGGCGUUCCAGCCGGACAAGGACGUCGACUUCAUCAACGACCGAAACGCGCACUUCAACCGCAAGAUCGCCCGCGCCUUCGACGCCCACACGCAGGAGAUCAAGGCCAACCUCGAGCGCGGCACAGCCCUGCCAGAGCACUAG